AUUGCAUUCAUGUAGGGACCUGCUAUGAUCGGGAUGCCAUUCAACGUGACCCAUGUGACGCACACCAGGAAUGUAGAGGAGGCAGAGGAGUUGAUCCGACGACUGAUGAGCGGCCCUCCUCUCCAGCCAACCCCCGCUGGUCCGGCCGUAGGUCAGCCCGCCGGUGACCCCGCUGCCCCCAGCCGACCUUCGCCCCCUGCGGCGUCCACCAGUCCGCAACACCGCCCGCAGACGGGACCACCUCCCAGACCUGCCUCCGGGCCAGUAGCAGGGACCGGGCCGCCUCCACGGCCAACCACCGGGCCAGUAUCUUCGGCUGCUUCAGGGGCGCCCCCCUCCCCACAGAACCGUCCGCAACCCAUCCCGCGACGCUCCAAGGUCGAUGCUGACAUGGAAUCCCCGGGGGUCGAGCAGCCCCCAGCGAGCCCACCCCGCCCAGCGAAGAGAGCCAGCACACGCCGACCCCAGAGUGCCAGGCUCGACCCAGCCGCACCGCCCCCACCCAUUCCCCCACGCCGGAACGUCCAGUCCGCCAUCUUUGAUUCGGGCAGUGACCUUGCCUCACAGGAUUCCAUGGAGAGUCGCGAGGGUUCCGUCGUGUCUGAGACAGGGUCUGACAAGGUCAGCGAGGCGGGGUCGUUGCCGACGGAAACAGGGUCGUUACCCAUGGAAACAGGGUCAUCACCCACGGAAACGGGGUCAUUACCUACAGAUGAACUGGCCACUGAUGUCGCACUAGAAGAACAAGUAGGGGACGAGACGGCCAAACCUGCACCCUCUGUUUCUGCACCGAGUGGGCCAGCGCCCGGGCCGCCAGAUGAGCCACCACCAAGCGAGCCACUAGCAGGGCCACCGAGUGGGCCACCUGGGGGGCCACCUCCACCCAUCCCCUCUAGGCCAAAGGUCAUGCCACCUGUUCCAUCUGUCAGACCAAGACCAAAUAAGGAGUGA